AUGAGAAAUAAAGUUGUAUAUUUUAAUAUUUUUAAUGAUGUGAAUCCUUCUGUAAAUAUAUACUGCUUGAAAGAUUUACAAACACUUCAAUUAAUAAAUACCAAUUUACCAAUACUACCUGACAUAAAAAAUUUUCAAAAUUUGACAUCAUUAACAAUUCGAUCCGACAAUGGUGCUAUUGGUAGGCAUUUACCAUCUGAAUUCGGACAAUUAAAAUAUUUAUCAACUUUACAAUUAUCGAAUAUUCAAAAUCUUGAAGAUUUACCUGAUGAUAUUGAAUAUUUCGUUCGCUUAUCAUCAUUAACAUUAGAGAAUAUACCAAACUUGAGUCGAAUACCUGACAAAAGUAUUGGUAAAUUAACUGAGCUUAAAACUUUAAAUUUAACUGAUUUACCAAAUUUAACAACUAUUCCAUCAACAAUAAAUAAUUUUGAACAAUUGAGUACAUUCGAAAUAACUAAAACAAGUAUUAAAAGAUUAAAUUUAGAAAAAAUAAAUAGUUUAUCUGAUUUAAUAAUAACAUUUAAUUCAUUAUUACAAACAAUUGAAAUUACUAAUAUGGCAUCAUUAAGUUUCAUAAAGGUUCAAAAUAAUAGUGAACUAUCAACAGUAAAUAUUCAGAAUUUAUAUUACUUAGGAAGAUUACAUAUAUUAUCAAAUACAAAAUUAAUUUCUGUCAAUAUUGCAAAUGUAUCAAAUGGUGACAUACUAUCAAUCGCUAAUAAUCCACAAUUAAUCACAGUUACGUUAAAAAAUAUAUCUGGUUUAAGAACUUUUGAAACCAAUUCAUUAUUCAAUCUUAAAUCCAUUUCAUUUGACAAUAUACCAUAUUUAUAUAAUGUCAGUAUUAGAUCAACUUCUUACUUGGAAACAGUUUCAUUUAUUAAGGUACCAUCAAUGCGAUAUCUUGAUUUAUCUGGAUGUCAAUUGACAACGUUUCCAGAAAGUAUUUUAAAAUUAAAAUCUUUAAUCAAUUUAAUUAUGGUAUCAAAUCAAUUAUCAACAUUACCAUCAACUUUAUCAUCUGAUUUACCUAAUUUAAAAGUUUUUAAUUUAGCAAAUAAUAAUUUUCAAGGAAAUAUGUUUCAACCAGCACUAUUUUAUAUUCGUGAACUUUAUCUAAGCAACAAUUUGUUGACAUCCAUUUAUGGUAUUCAAGAAUAUAAAUCUUUAAAUCGAUUAGAAUUAGAUUAUAAUCAUAUUGGAUUGAUUCCACUUGAAAUUAUGCAUUUAUCAACAACAUUGGAAAUAUUAACAAUAAAUUAUAAUAAAUUAAAUCAUAUUCCAUAUCAAAUAACAAAUAUGAGAUCAUUAAGAUCGUUUUCUGCUACAAAUAAUCCUAUUUCAAUUUACGAACAACAGAAUAUCCUAAAAAUAUUUUCACAAUCACCUAUAAAAUUUAGAAUUUGA